UAUUGUGGAAACAGGAUGAAGUUGACAAGUGAAAAGUUGCCCACAAACCCAUUAUAUACCUCUAUCAUAACCCAGUAUGCUCUUAAGAACCAAAAAUGGAGAAAGGAAAAACUUGAUCAUUAUACCCAUGCUAAUUUGGUGGAUAAGGCAUUGCAGAUCUUGAAGGAAAGAAUAAGAAGAGGGGAUUCUCUGGCAUAUUUCCUACGAGGUCAACUCUAUUUUGAAGAGGGAUGGUAUGAAGAAGCAUUAGAACAGUUUGAAGAAAUCAAGGAGAAGGAUCAUCAAGCAAUUUACCAGCUAGGAGUAAUGUAUUAUGAUGGGCUGGGGAUACUUGCAAAUGCUGAAAAAGGAGUGGAAUAUAUGAAGAAAAUUGUUGAAUCUCCAUGUCCCAAAGCAAGACACUUAAAAUUUGCAGCUGCUUAUAACCUUGGAAGAGCUUAUUACGAAGGAAAAGGCGUUAAACGAUCAGAUGAGGAAGCAGAAAGACUGUGGCUUUUUGCUGCAGACAAUGGAAAUCCAAAAGCUAGUGUGAAGGCACAAAGUAUCCUGGGAUUAUAUUACUCAACAAAAGAGCCUAAAGAGUUAGAAAAGGCAUUUUAUUGGCAUUCCGAAGCAUGUGGCAAUGGAAAUCUGGAAUCUCAAGGUGCACUUGGUCUCAUGUACUUUUAUGGACAUGGCAUCCGCCAGGAUACUGAAGCAGCUCUGCAUUGCUUAAGGGAAGCAGCUGAACGUGGCAACGUCUAUGCUCAAGGGAAUCUUGUGGAGUAUUACUAUAAGAUGAAAUUUUUCACAAAAUGUGUGACAUUUUCCAAAAGGAUUGCUGAUUAUGAUGAGGUUCAUGACAUCCCCACAAUAGCCCAGGUCACAGACUGUCUCCCGGAAUUCAUCAUCAGAGGCAUGGCCAUGGCGUCUUUCUACUAUGCACGAUGUCUUCAGCUUGGCUUGGGUAUUACCAAGGAUGAAGCAACAGCCAAACAUUAUUAUUCUAAAGCUUGUCGGCUGAGUCCUGCAUUGGCAGAUGAACUUCACUCUUUACUUAUUCUUCAAAGAAUUUAG